AUGCGCCGUCUGUUGUUCGCUGCGUUGCUCUUGCUGUGUUGUGCCUACGGGUGCAUUGCAAAAACUGAGUACAGGUCGCCAUAUCCGCCCGAUCCGGACCUGGAGGUAUUUCCAGAAACAGACGAAUCCGAAACUUGGGGUACGAGGGUUGCUAACAUUGUACCAAAGGAGGGUGACAAAGUAGGGCAAUGGCAAAACAUCCGUAUUGCUGUGAACCCGGCAAUGAUGCAGAGUGAAAUGAUGUACUGUUUGACCAAGGGGCGUCAGAUCAGUGGAUACACCCGCAGGAUACGCAAUGGAUUCGAUAGGGAGGUAUGUAAGGUGGUGCGUCGAAUCGGUGCCAUGAGAUUGGCUCGCAGGGUGAUGUUGGGUGUGAUGCCCAAGGCCAUCGAAUUGCAUGUUGAACGUCUUAAGGUCAAGCGUGUGGAGGGUCCCCUGAGGAUUAAUGUGUCAUCUAAUCCAGAACCCAUAUCUGAUGCCGAGGGUACAAUGUGCGCUGAAAUGGUUCCCGUUUUUGACGGCGAUGAAGGGAUGGGUAUUCCCAAUGCGGAUUUUGUGAUCUAUUUGGGUCUUUCUACCAAAAACCCGGGUACGAAGAUUUGCACUUACGACAGGAGGGGACGCCCAACAUCUGCCAUGAUCAAAUUGAAUCCAUCUGAAAUCGAAUUUACGCCACAGUAUAUUCGCCUUGUUGCACACGAGAUUGCGCACGGACUUGGGUUCUCCAUGGACGUGAAGAAAUUCAAGGAAAUGGUGCGUAGUGAGGACAGAAGCAGUUUUGUAGGGUAUAGGGACCUCAGAAGUUCGAAGAUAAUGGAAAGCGUGUAUGAACUUUUCGGUUGUCUUGAGGCCAUUGGAAUAAAAUUGGAUAAUUCUCCACCGGAGAGCGAGAACGAUGAUGAACCCCAUUUUGGUGGGAGUGCUGUGCAGGACGAGCUGAUGGCCCCACUUCACAGAACCAGAGGCGGUAAAAGGUUGUACAGCACGUUGACUCUUGCUGCAUUUGAGUCUACAGGGCAUUACCAGGUGGAUUACAACAAGGCUGAAAAAUUAUGGGAGGGCAAGAAGGCAUGCGUGUACCUCAAGGUCCCGUAA